AACGAUUGAAGAAGUGGGAGAGAGAGUGAGACGGGUAAAGAGAGGGUACGCAAAGUAGAUAGCAUGCAGUAAUACUCUGCAACAGUGCAUUUAGUUGCCGCGCGAGUGUGAAUAGUAUUUUUUCGAUGAAUUAGAAUAAAUAUGCGCUGUCUAAUACGUCUGUGUGUCCUCGCGAUUUUGUUGUUGCAUAGUAUAGAGGCGAAUAACGAUGAAGCGCCAUUAACCAAACUCGGCGGGAAGACAGGGCCAACCUUAAGAUUCUUUUAUUGCUAUUCAUGCGGCUACAGGAAAGUAUAUGAUCAAUAUGUGAACAUUCUUAGGCAAAAGUAUCCAGAGCUUCAUAUUGAAGGAGAGAACUUUCAUCCACCUGGCUAUAAUAUGUUAAUUGCCAGAGUGCUGGGAACAUUGAAAAUAUUGAUUAUUAUCCUAAUUAUAAGCGGGGUUGAUUUCGGUCGCCCUGCACCAUUUUUGUGGCAAUGGUGCAUAGAGAAUCGAUUUUAUUCCUGUGUAUUGAUUUUCCUAAUCUGCAAUGCCAUAGAAGGGCAGCUAAUUUCAUCAGGUGCAUUUGAAAUACACUUUAAUGAUGUACCUGUGUGGUCAAAGCUUGAAACCGGUAGGAUACCACAACCACUAGAACUAUUCCAAAUAAUUGAUUUCCAUUUAGAAAUGCAGUUUACAGAACGGGACGUAGGCAAAAUCAGUUUUAAUAAGUAAAACAUAAUUUCAUUACAUUCUUGGAGAUUAAUAAAUCCAGUCACAUACCAAUAUAGUGCGAUUCAAUAAAAUUUGCCGAUGGUGUAAUAUGAUGAAAAUAUGUACAAUAUACUUGUUAAGUAAGUAAAGACCUUGACAUAUAUCAUAGUAUGUAAUUCUAAUAAGACUAUUAUAUAAAUAAUGUAAAUGUAAUUGAAAUAAAACUGUUACCAAACUUUUA